UCAAGCAUGUUGGACAGUGACUAACCGUGACUAAUUGGUAUAUAUCAUAUGAUUCCAUCCCUUUCAGUUUGCGCCUCGAAGAUCCAUGACGACAUUGCUACGCAGCAAGGUAACCUUCAUCAGGAACGUUUGUUGAUCUCUGAGCGUUCCAGGGAACAUCCACCAACCUUACUCAAUUUGGUUUGAUUCGGCAAGCCUAGAUCCUUUGGUGGGUCGGCUCGGCUUUUGUCGGCUUUUGGAACAUUCAAUCGGGCUUUGCGCACGAUGUCCUUGUCAAUUAGAAUGAUGACCGACUCAAGGGUGCAGUUUCGAACUCUUAGUGACAACCACUUGCCAAUCACUUCCUGAGGUAGCUAAGUGAACGAUACCAACCAUGUCGGGUCGGCGUGGUUUAGCAGCGAUGCCCGAGUUGGUGAAGUGUUUUAUAACUGUGAUGGAUUUAUUAGUGAACCCUGAUGCCUCUUUGGUCCAUUCUUCGUCUUUACGUUCUCAAGUUGGGCCAGUAUGACUCAGAGGAAGCCAGGUCAAAUAUGUCUGUUAGGCGCUACCGGUCGCACCGGACGAGGUAUACUGCAAAUACUUCUUACGGAGAACUAUCGCGACUGGGCUCUGCAUGUCUAUGUCCGGUCGCGAGCAAAACUUUUGUCGUUCUUCCCGGGCAUAGAAGCUUAUCCAGGAGUGAAAAUCUUUGAAGGAUCUAUCACCGACGUUGAACUUUGGCGACAAUGCUUGUCAGGGGCAGACAUCAUCAUUUCCGCUCUUGGCGAGAACGAGAAUAUCGCCGGGCUACGGUUACUACAAGAUGCAGCAAACACCACAGUCUCCGCGCUGCAAGUUUUGAGUCAAGAGGAUAGCUCCAACUGGCGUCAGCCUCGCCUGAUACUUCUUUCAUCAGAUACAUUGAAUCCUACAGUCGCUGCCGCCCGUCCACGACUGGUGCACUGGGUAGUUAGCAACGCAUUUUGUUAUGCGUAUAACGAUCUUCGCAAAGCACAAGCUGUCUAUGAAGCCCAUCCACAGCUUUUACGGCUGUGUCUUGUACAGCCCCCAGCCCUGAUUGAGGAGGGACCAUCCGGGCAUCUUAUCAGUACGGAAAAGGGCUCUUUGACUGUGUCUUAUGCAGAUCUGGCGGCAGCCUUCGUGGAAAUUGCGAUUUCUGAUGGGUACAGAAACUCUAGUGCUGUAACUAUCUCGAGUGCUUCGAAAGAUCAACUUCGACAUGCACCGGAGCUUACACGGAGAAUUAUACGGGGGACUCUGGCUCACUACAUUCCCUGGUAUCUUGCGGUUGAGGAGAAGGUAUGGGGGAUGCUGUUUAAGGCAUAGUAUUAGGCCACCAUCUGCAGAUAUAAUUAGUAGCGGUGAUGACAGAGCAAUUCAGGACUAGGUAGUUGAAUUGAACCUUGUGUUUGGCCACGUAUUAACACCUAAACAUCACUUGUGAAGUGGGGUCCAUUGCUUGUCUACAACCUUGAACCAUGCUUAGUGCAUUCACUUACUACCUGUGAAACAGAGAGUCAAUUCCUCGGACCAGGGCUUGAAGUCAACAGCCCCCCAUGUCGGAACCAGCGGAGCUUCCAAACGCCGAUACGCGAGGGGGUAUAGUAUAAAAUAGCCGCUAUUCUGAGUUUAUAUCAAGUCUAGCU